UUGAGAAUUAUUGAAGAAGUGCAUCUGGGAAAUGCCUGGCGAGAUGAGUCUAUUCAACAAGUGCUUGUUGCCCAGUUGAGAGGAAUCUCCUGGGGAGGCUCGAGGAUUGUUGAAACAAGGAAAGUACAACGCGUGAAAUAUCGGCGAUUAUGUAAUCGAUUACGGAAAAACAUGAUCCUAUUGUAGAGCGCGGUCACAAUCUUGACCUUAACCGAUGUAUGUGCCACUUUUUCCGCGACCACCGGCCGUCGGGAGCGUCGCGACGCCCAUCAGUGACGUGCUGGAUAUCGCGACAUUACCACACACCCCGGCGUCUGUCGUGGCCGCUGCUGUGCCGCGCAGACGACAUGCCGUGGACCCGCGGUCCUCUCUCAUCUUCGGCACCGGAAAACGACACCAUCUCUCUAGAAACUUGGUUCAUCCGCAGAUCAAGGACGCAUCUUCUCUCUUCAAGGAUGCUUCUACACGUCGUUUCACCGAGUUUCGCGUGAAAAUGACGGAGCAUCAUGCAAAGGACGACGAGAGAGACGACGACGACGAUGUCAUUUGCGGCGUCGAUAUUACAGAUACACCGACCACGAUCUCUACGGACAUCUCACCUCAUUUGAAAAAUGGUAUGAUAUCAACACAAUGGACAAAGUCCGUAGCUAUUCAGACCAUAGAAGGAUUACCUCUACGAUUGAGAGUACUGCCGUCUCUUAGAGACAUCGAAGAGGAUAACGAAAAUUCUUCUUUCAACUCUUCGAGAUUUUGGAAGUAUCUAAGAUUUUUGGGACGGUUAUCGUUGUCACAGUUUGGUCUUUUAUGGCUACUCGUUAUGUGGACGGUGGCAGGCGCGGCGGCGUUUUGCGCCGCGGAAGGACCACGUGAGCGCGAACAGGUCGUAUUGCUAAAGAACAUGCAAAAAGAUCUGGCGGUCGGUUUGGCGACAGAGUUGCGGCAAUUGCGUACGGAACGGGAUCAGGAUGUGGAGCCGUUAUGGAGUGACAAAGUUCGUCAGUACGUGGCCAAACACGAGGAACUCCUCUUGAUUGCCGUUAGUUCCGGCUACGGCGAGGGCGGUAAUAGCGGACAGCUGUGGACAUUUCCGGGUUGCGUGCUGUUCGCUGUAUCGCUAAUCACUACUUUAGGUUUCGGAGCGCCUGUUCCGCGAACUACUGCCGGUCGCACAGUAGGAGUAAUUUUCGCCGUUAUUGGAAUUCCCGCACAUUUUCUUCUGAUACUAAAUUUCGGUGUGAUGGUAGCAGUUCGUCUACAAAGGUACGCGUUCGCUAGACGAGGCGCGCGAUCCGAUAACGGAGAAUCCAGCUAUUCCCCGAUGUCGAUGCCAAGAUGGGUCAAAAUCUUACCAUUUGUCUUGUCAGUUGCUUAUUACAUUUUGGGAAUACUGUGCUUUGGUAUAGCGCGAUCAAGGCCGAUUAUGGCGAGUGUGUUGUUUCCAUUGGAUUUCACUGCGGCGGGCGGUCUUUCCACCAUUGUCGGUCACGUGCGAAUAUUAUAUGGUCUCUACUUAGAAGGGGCUGUUACUAUUGCAGCGAUAGUGGUAGCUGUGUUACGAGUAUCAGCGACGCAAAGUCUCACAAAUAUCGGACUGAAAUAUGGUUUAUUGAUCGAAGCUUAAAUUCUCAUUCAAUUUAUCCAAUAUUUUUUUCAGGCCUCUUGCGUGCU